CCCAAGUAGCUAUCUACCCCAGAUUCUUGCAACCCUCCUUCAGCAAACAGUCGACAUAGGGGCAAUUACCCACUCCUCAGUUCUGCACACCAAAUCUGGACAGCGCCCUGCUAUCGCGGCUGCCCAUGGCGCACUCUUCACGGAAAAUCAGGUAGCUUCAACCUCCAACACCUCCGCAACCUCAUGGCCGGCCGCUAUUCCAACCUCCCACCCCCAGCGGCACGCGACUCUCUGGAGCUAGCCUCUCUGGCCUCCUCCACGCCUCACUCGCGGCGAAGCUCCAUAUCCUCCGGCUCCGCCGCCGCGUCUUCCAGAGGACUUUCCUUUGACGACGAAGACCCCCUCUCCGCGCUCAAUCCGGCCGCCCAUGGCGCCGACGACAACCGCCCGCGGCAUAACCGCUCCUAUAGCGUAUCGUCCGCCUUUGAUUUUGCGCCCAAUCUGUUUCCGCUCUCAAGUACGGCACAAGGAUAUACUGCGCUGGGCGCACCGUCAAAUCCCGCUCUAGACCCCUCGAAUGUGCUCAAUGGGGCUUCGUUGGAGAAGAAUAAGAGCUUGACAUAUCUGAAUGGAUUGUCCCUCGUAGUGGGACUGAUAAUAGGGAGUGGAAUCUUCUCCUCCCCGUCGCAGGUGAACAGGAAUGCUGGGUCCCCAGGGGCAGCGCUCAUCGUAUGGGUGGUUGCUGGCAUUCUGGCUUGGACGGGUGCAGCAAGCUACGCGGAGCUCGGAGGAGCCAUUCCCCUGAAUGGCGGAGCGCAGGUCUACCUGUCCAAGAUCUUUGGGGAAUGGGCCGGUUUCCUCUUCACCUGGUGUGCCGUGUGCGUCCUGAAGCCAGGAUCCGCCGCCAUCAUUGCCAUCAUCUUUGGAGAAUACAUUGUUCGCGCCUUCGUUGGAGCGGACGCCGCAGUAUCCACCGUCUGGCUGGACAAGGGCGUUGCAAUAGUCGGCCUGGUCAUCGUCACCCUCCUCAACUGCGUUUCCACCAAGCUCGGCACCCGGAGUGCCGACGUUUUCAUGUUCAUGAAAUUCAUCGCCCUUCUCGGCGUCACCGUCGUCGGCAUCGUCGUAGCAGUAACGGGCUUCUCCUACAAGGGCCCCGCAAGCGACGACUGGAAGAAACAGGGCUGGUUCGAGGGCACCAACACCAACAUCAGCAAUUGGGCCGUUGCCCUCUACGCUGGUCUCUGGGCGUUUGAUGGCUGGGACAAUGUGAACUACGUGACGGCCGAGUUCAAGAAUCCCAGCCGCGACCUCCCACGCGUGAUCCACACGUCGCUCCCGCUGGUAAUCAUGUGCUACCUCCUUGCCAACAUAUCCUACUUUCUCGUCCUCCCGGCCUCCGUCAUCGAGUCCUCCAACACUGUCGCCGUGGCUUUUGGAUCCCAAGUCUUCGGCCCCAUAGGCUCCCUCAUCCUCGCCCUCUUCGUCUCGGGAUCCUGCUUCGGCGCCCUCAACGCCACCACCUUCACCUCUGGCCGUCUCGUCUACGCCGCGGGCAAAGAAGGCUACCUCCCCUCCCUCUUCGGCAACAUUGGCUUCGGCAAAUCCCACCGCGCCAUCCGGCUGCACACGCUCAACGCCUCGACGGCGCCCAAAUCCGCAUUCUCCAAGAAAAUGAUAAACUGGUUCGCCGACCCGGACGCAGGCUUCUUCUUCACCCCCAUCUCCGCCAUGCUGCUCAACGCCCUCCUCACCGCCAUCUACAUCGCCAUCGGCAGCUUCGACACCUUAGUCACCUUCUACGGCGUAGCGGGCUAUUCGUUUUAUUUCCUCGCCGUCCUCGGCCUCAUCGUCUUGCGCGUCAAGGAACCGCAGUUGGAGAGGCCGUACAGGACGUGGAUCACCACGCCCAUUAUUUUCUGCUGCGUCAGCCUGUUUUUGUUGAGUCGGGCCGUGUUUGCCGAGCCCGUGCAGACGCUCGCUGUGCUGGGGUUCAUGGCGGUGGGGUUGGUGGUGUGGUUUGCGUGGGUGGGGAGGAGGAGGGGCGUGGAGAAGGCGAGGUUUAGGAGGGUGGGCGCCGAGGCGGAUGGGGGGAGUGAGAAGGUCGGGUGGAGGUUUUGGAAGAGGUGGAGGGGGUGAUGAAGGGAGUAAGAUUGUUUGCCUUGAAGGGUAUUUGUUUAGUAAUUCCAAG